UGCCAGCCCGCCUCCCAAGUUUUCAGGGAAACACUCGACAGAAACGAAAGCAAAUGUUUCAGCGUCGCAUCUUCCAGGAGGAACGCUUCGCGAGGCGAGAUCUGCGCGACUAUGGCCACCGCACAAGCUGCCAAGCCAAAAAGAACCAUUGUGGUCUGCGGUGUUCCAGAUGGCCUCCUAAGUGACGACGUCAUGGCCGACAUAUUAAUGAUUCAUUUUCAAAAGGGAAAGAAUAAGGGUGGCGAUGUGGAGGAUGUUGCCUACCCGACAUCAACAAAAGGAGUGGCAUAUGUAACGUUUGAAGAUGAACGAGAUGCAGAAAAUGUUCUCAGGAAAGGUGACCACAGCCUAGAGGACAAGAGGCUGCCUGUGGGUUAUCCCUUGAAAGUGUCGUCAUAUGGAAAAAGUAUUUUUACCUGCGUGACAUGCAUCCUCAAUUUGUCCCCAUUUGGAGAGAAAUACAACUUGGAAAGUGUGGUGCAAGACUUCAAGAAGAAGUUCCCAAAUUUGAGCUUUGGGCCAUUACAAUCUAACGGGCUAAUAAGUGUACAGGGUCCAUUUUUAGCCAUCAGUGCCCUCCAAAAGAAUAUCUUAUUAAACAUAAAGCAUUCCCUUUCAGAACAACAUGUUGCAAGAAAUCUGAAAGCAUCAGAUCACGGGCCUGGUACAAGACAGGCAAACAGUGGAUUAUCCUCAGAGUUGAAAAAUAAUUUUGUGCAAAAUGAAAUCAAGGAGGAGGGACUAACUGUUGCCCUUGACACCGAUACAUAUCUCUACAUGAUAACAUUUAGAGGCGAGUUUUACCAAAGGAUUCUAAAAGAAUGUGGUGUUACUAGUUAUGCAGCUGAAGAUGGGGAGGUCACCACCAUAUAUCUAAAGAGUGACAAAACAAAACCAGGUUCCAGAUCGUUAAGAUGUGCAAAAGAUAGGGUUGAAGGCUUGUUGGCAGAAUUAUAUGGCUUUCUGCGUAAAGAAAGAUUGUCACAUGAAAUGUCCAACAACUCUGAGAAGCGGAGACGUGAGCGUGCAUGUGAGAUGUUAAGGAGCCAGUAUCCAAACGUUCUGGUUCUACUAUACCAAACUUACAUUGAUAUUAUAGGAUCCUCCUCAGACAUUUAUGAGUUUGCAAGACAAGUAAAUAAAAUCAUGGGAAAUGUCCCCAGAGAACCUUGGAGAUAGGCAGCUGGUUAUUUUGAUCUCUUGAGGGCAGACCUAGAUUUUCUGUUCGGCACAGGAGCUGCCACCAAAAAUGGCAACCUUCUGUUGUGUUCUCUGCUUGUAACAUUUUAUGCACACUUGGUAGUGGUGUGUUGUUGUUGUAUCGUCCGUUUCCCAACCCCUGCACCACAUCAGUGGUCAACAGAAGUGGUAAAAUGGCACAGGGCAAGUGGCGAUAAGGAAAAGUGAAAACUUUACACAAGGCUUGUUUUUUGGUAGAAGUACUAUGUUGACCAUAAUGGCUAGUUCUACACUGACAAUAAAGUGAGCUGAAACAUAUUGACAGUAACAGUGAAAGGACAGCUGCUGCCUAAUGGAAAAGCUGAAAGUAGAACAGUUUAGCAGUUUGUGGGUUUUUUAGUCUAUAGAUGUGACCUUUUCAGUGUCUCCCUCAGGAUUUCAACACACUACUUAAUAGAGCGGUUUUGCUUUCUGAAAGUUUUUGUUUCCUCCUAGCCUUUUUCUCUGGUCAAAACGACCCAUCAUUCUCAGCAAGUUCCUGCUCACUUGAGAGCUUUCUUCAAUGGUCCUGUUAUAUAGAAGGUGAUGUCAUAGUUUAGUGUGGACAGCUGAAGCUGUUUUCUGUGUUUGACAAUGAGACCUGGAAACAAGAGAUUUCUUCAUGAUGUAUAUAGUUCAGUAUCACUGGAUUAAAGCUGGCUCUGUUGGUCAAUUUGUUUUACGUUAGUCCUUUUUGUGCAUCAACAAUUAAGCAAAACUGGAGCUGUAUCUCUCAUACCAUGAGUUUUACAGCGCAGGGGUGGUUAGCCCAUGGACCCCUCUCCCUUGUUGCUGAACUUGCAGCUCCUACCAUUCUGACUGUUGGCCAUGUUCACAGGUAGUGAUGGGAGUCUCAACAACAUAUGUAGCUGUCUCAGUAUCUGAUCAUUGGUUCAUGCAGGCCAGAGUUAUCAAUACUGGCAAGAGCUCUGCAGGGUUUUCAGGCAGCGGUCUCUUCCUAGCCUUUUAAAGGAAGGCUUUUGGUCUUGCCUCUUCCCUUUUCCUGACUGCUAAUCCAGAACUGAAAGAAAUGUGGAGGGACGUGCUGUUUUACUAAAGGGAUUUGCUGGGAGGUCACUUCAAGGGAGAUAGUUGAGGAGCUGGAUAUGGGUUUCCACCCAGCCGCCCUGCUUCUCGUUUAGAGUAGGUCUCCAG